CUCGCCACGCCUCCGCCGCCCCGAGGAACCGCACGGAAUCGGCACGGCGGGAGCGUCCAUCACCGGGCGGGCACGGAGCAGCAGCAUCACCAUCACCAUCAUCACAUCACCCAGAACCAUGGCAGGCAAAGCCCACAGGCUGAGCACGGAAGAGAGGGAGCAGCUGCUGCCCAACCUGAGAGCCGUGGGGUGGAACGAGGUGGAAGGCAGAGAUGCCAUCUUCAAAGAGUUCCACUUCAAGGACUUCAACCGGGCCUUUGGCUUCAUGACCAGAGUGGCUCUACAGGCAGAAAAACUGGAUCACCACCCCGAGUGGUUCAAUGUGUACAACAAGGUUCACAUCACCCUGAGCACCCAUGACUGCGGGGGUUUGUCGGAGCGGGACAUCAACCUGGCCAGCUUCAUCGAGCAGGUGGCAGCUUCCCUCUCCUGACCAGGGAUCCCAGUGACCAGCCAAAACCCCACUGUGCCCUGCACCCAGAGCCUUUUCCCACCUCCAAGACAGAUCCUGGAUCCAGAGAGCCUGAGAUGGAUCCUGGAUCCAGAGAGCCUGACACCCUGCCAGCCACCCCAGCGCAGCUCGGAUGGAUGGAGGCACUGCUCAGGGUGCAUGUAUCCAUCUCUGAUCUCGCAGGUUCCAUCCCUAAACCCUUCCUCAGCCAUGUAAUCCCACAGCCCCAGCUGCUGAGCCUCUUACCAGGAGUCAGUCACAUCACAGAGUCACGGGAUGGUUUGGGUGGGAAGGGACCUUAAAGAUCACCCAGUCCCACUCCCUGCCAUGGCAGGCACACCUUCCACCAUCCCAGGCUGCUCCAAGCUCCAUCCAGCCUGGCCUUGGACACUGCCAGGGAUGCAGGAGCAGCCACAGCUUCCCUAGACACCUGCCCACUCUCACAGGGAAGAAUUUCUUCCCAAUAUCCCAUCUAAACCUAUUCUGUGUGAAUCCAUUUCCCCUUGUCCUGUUACUGCCUGCUCUUGUAGAAAAUCCUUCUUCGUGUUUGUCGGUUCCUUCAGGCACUGGAAGGCUGCAGUGAGGUCAGCCCAAAGCUUCUCUUGUCUGGGCUGAACAAUCCCAGUUCUCUCAGCAUUUCCUCACAGCAGAGGUGCUCCAUCCCCUCUGAUCAUCCUGGAUUCGCUCCAACAGGUCCAUGUCCUUCCAGAGUCAAGUUACACCAGUAAAUCUGUCCAGAGCCUGCCCCCAUCCUGCCCCUGUUGUUGCUCCUUACCUCCUGGAAAGUGCUUAAACCCAUUUUGUGACCCCUUUGGCUUCUCUGUAGCCGAGCAGCAAGGUGCUGUGCAGUUUGUCGUUGCUGUAACCCCUCUCCAGCAGUAUUACAUCAGGCACGUGGUCUCACCCCGACUAGAGCCAGCCUUUCCCGGGAUACCAACUGAAAAUGUUUACAAUAAACAUCUCAUUUAACCUGG